AUGGCGGCUCUUUUCAAGGCGGCAAACGCGAAAAUCAGGUCCAACCCUGUGCUGAACUAUGUCUGCUCGACACACUUUUGGGGGCCCGUCUCCAACUUUGGUAUUCCCGUUGCUGCCGUCCUUGAUACGCAAAAGAGCCCUGAUCUCAUCUCGGGCCAAAUGACGGGCGCUCUGUGCAUCUACUCGGCUACCUUUAUGCGAUACUCUCUGGCUGUUACACCCAAAAACUACCUCCUGUUUGCGUGCCACUUUGUCAACGAAUGCGCUCAAUUGACCCAGGGAUACCGGUAUCUCUCGUACCACAAAUGGGGUGGCAAGGAAAAAUUGCAACUCGAAAAGGGCGUCGAAGCUGCCAAGGAUAAGAUUGGCGAGGUUGGAGACCAGGUCAAGAAUGCAGUGAGCAAAUAA